GGAGAACUCCCACAAACUUACGGACGUGACGAGGCGCUUCACCGAACUCGCCCUCAACGCACAACAUUGCUUAAGUUCAGAACAUAUCUGUUCUCUCCGCCUAGCGGUGUCUCUCACAAAUGGCCGAGGGACAUCCCAACCCAACAACAGUCAAGGACACUCUAUAUGACCCCAAACCUUCCCUGCGCUACGCCUCUGCUGUUGGCUUACAAGCCGCUGGCGUCGGUGCUCUCGUCAGUGCCGUUCAAAAUGCACUUGGUACACAUACCAGCGGUGCAUCAGGUUUCCUGACGCGGUAUGGAGGAACCAUUGGUAUCUUCGCGGCCAUGGGUGCGACGUUCGCCCUGACAGAGUCAGUGGUCGCGAAUACGCGGGAAAAGGACGACGCUCUGAACGGUGUCGCUGGUGGAUGUGCAGCUGGUUUCUUGGCAGGCAUCCGAGGCAAGUACACCAACCUUCGCGUCUCUUCGAUUGAUUAUGAAUGUUUGCUUUUCGUAGCCCGAUCGUUACCCAUGGCUGUAGCCUCUUGUGCUGUACUCGGCACAGCAGUUGGCAUCUUUGACUACGGUGGCAAGGAUAUUACAGGUAUCAGCAGUAAAGAGACCCUUGAGGAGAGGAGGAGAAGGUUCUUCAAGCAUCCACCCCCGUCGCUGGUGCCACCACCACCUUCGGACCCUUCAGAUUAAUUCUCCAAUAGAUGUGGCUUUCUGAUCAUCUGAACAUACUCAUCAUAUUCUUCCGCCCGACGCGUGCUACAAUGUUACAAGUGAUAGUGGAAUGCACAACGUACUGGAAAGAAAUGUAGCGCAAUAUUAAGUGAACAAGAUCGAGAAAGUGAGUAGAGGUGACGCGUAAGAAGAUUCUCAAUAUAAUAUAGUGCACGCAUUCAGUCAUGUUGACUGCUUCAUAUGCCAUUAAUUACCCCAUACCCGUAACUGUAUUUGGCGGUGCCUCCGAGUCUACUUGUAAAUCCAUAAGCCUCCUGACCUCG